AUGCCUGUGGAGUUUCAGACAGCUCUCCCGAAGGAGAGUGACGUCAUUGAGUUUGUAAAGAGUCUAGCUCCAGAGCGACAAGCAGCGCGAGAGAGCAGGGAACUUGGUGGGCAGCCAACAGCCGCCGCCGCCGCCGCCGCCGCCGCCGCCGCCACAUGUGCGCGCGGCCUAAAUUCCGAGCGCCUUACAGGAGUCCGCGCGGAGCACAGAGGCAGUCAGCCAGGAUUUGCCGGGCCCGCUAUAAAACGGACGCCCGCGGUCGAAAGCGAGGGACCCGGAGCUCAUCCCGGCUCAGCGCCGUGCGCCAGCCGCCAGGCGCCGCCAGCCUCGCCUCCGCCCCCGCCUCCGCCACACCCCGUGUGCCGCUUUGAAAGGCGCACCGCCCACCCCCGCCGGCCGGCAGGGCCAGCUCGCCACUCUAGCGGGCCGGCGGCCUGGGGCCGGGGAGUCCCCGCCGCAGCCACUCUGCCGCCGUCAAAGCGGCCCGCGAGCUGCGAGCCGCCAGCUUCGCCACAAGUGGAGGCCGGCCUUCCGGGAGCCCGGCGCGCCGACACUGCUGCCAACCUCCCGCACUGUUUCCCAAAACGGAGUAGAACCGACGCCGACCACACCCGCGGAAGUCCGCUUCUCGCCGAGAAAGAUUGUAUUCUGCACGCGCCCAGCACAGAAACUGACAAUCGGAAGCUAUCCAAAAGCGCCAAUGAAAUGCUCUCCGUCUUCUCAUAG